GUACUUAUCAGCACGUGCUUUCGCGUCGCUCCGCUCCCCAGAUUUCCGGGACGCGGUCAUCAAAAUCAUUGUUACCAGAUCGAAUGAUACCAAAUCGCAUGAUUAUUUGACCUCUUUUUGUCCAGACAUAUUACGUCUCCCUAUAAAUGUCCUCCAAGCGUGUGAUUCAGGACUCCGACGAUGAAGACGACCCUUUGGCGGGGCCUCCAUCCCCAAGGCCCAAUGCCGAUAACACACACGUUGACGUGCAGAAGGAUGCACACUACCAAGCCCAGCAGACAGGUCAUGACUCGCACAUGAGCAUUAAUUUCGACCAAUUCCUACAAUCCCAGGAAUCAGCACAUCGGGGUAUAUCCUCCUCCCAGCAGCGCAGAGAAGAGCGAUGGAUACCGGGCGAUGUGGGAGGCGGGUCGAUUGGCACGAUGAUGACGGAAAUUGGUCUUGCGCAGCAACGACUGUUUGAUGAUGAAGAAGCGCAUCACGUAGGACACACUGGGCAUCAGGACGCUGUUGCGAUGGAAGCGGCGCAGACAGAUUCGGCACCUCUUCAUGAGCAGAUUGCUUCGGAAUUCCCCGCUCCUAACGAUAUAGCCUUAAUCAACCAAGGCAAUCUUGAUAACAUUUCAGAGCAGCCUCCACUAUAUGCAGACCCGCAGCUCAAUAUACCCGACCAACGACUACAAUAUGAGACCGGACAGGACCUUCCGCCCGCAGACACCACGAACCUAUAUACCCGUGAACCAACCGAGCAGAACAAUCAACAUACAAGCUCCAACUACUCAGUCUCAACAGGAGCAUCAUACAACAUCUAUCCAACCGGCAUCGUCCAGACCGAGAUCGCAUACAAAUCCCCUCAACGACAUAACUCCGUUCAGCCAACCCCCUUCUCCCCACACGAUACGGAGCCCUUCUCUUCAGUCGUAUCGCCAAAAGUCAGCAGAUCAAAGAGCGACAAUUCAGCGCAGCAAUCCCAUCGAAGCGUCGACGAGCUCGCCGGUCCAGUAACCAUUGAGAUCCCAGUCGUCGAGAAGAAACAACGAGGCCGCAAGAAGAAGCAAAGCCUUCCUGAUAACGACGAUGACGAUGAAUUGGCCCACCACCCUAGUGCUGCAAUAAAUCAAGAUGCGACGGCCACCACUACCACCAACAAUACCAAUAAACCCGAAAAGCGCAAGCCAGGAAGACCACCGAAGAACGCGAAACCACCACGCGAUGAACAAGAUCAGACUGAUUCAGCACCAAACAACACGACCACAAUCCCUGUGCCUCCGGAAACAACCUCAACCGACCCCUUCGCUACUACAGAACACGACCAAACUCCUAUCCUCAUCGACUCACCCCUACAAGACACAAGCCAACCAUCUAAAAACCCACCAAAAGAGCCCAAAAAGAAGAAGCUCAAACGCGGCAAAACCACAUCCUUAACCCUAACAAAAACAUACGAGUCCGAUGUCGAAGACGACGUCAUCUGGAUAGAUGAGCGACCACUCAACCCAACAACUCACGACAACCAACCCGAUGACAACAACAACAACAGCAACGCCGACCCACCUGUCCAGGAAGAAACACCCCCGGCCCCAGCGGCAGCAGCGCCCAAAAAGCGCGGCCGUAAGAGAAAGAUCACAGUUGAAGAACACCCCAUCGAUCCACUACCACCUACCGAGCCUCCACUGGAACCACAACCUCAAUCCGACAAAGAGAAUGCCCUCCCAGCAGAACCCGCCCCCAAUCCACAAGCACAUCCAGAGGCAGAACCAGAACCUGAGCUGGAACCGCAUGAACACCAACAACAUGAAGAAGAAGAACAAACCCCAGAUACUCACCAGGAAACAACCCCAACUACACCCUUAAAACCUACCAAAGGGCCAACGAAGCACAGCCCGAUAUCAUCGACGAGCAAAGUGCCCUACAGAGUUGGUCUGAGUCGCAGGGCGAGGAUCGCGCCGUUGCUGAAGAUAGUUAAACGGUGACCUUCGGCACUAUUCGUAGUGAUGGGAUGCGUCUGUACUCGGUCUUCUGUACCGAUGAAGCAUUUUUUAUAUUGUACGGUCAACUACGAAA